CCUUUAAUCGCAAGAAACCCUCCUCCUGCUCCUCCUCUAAUCUCAGGGUUUUGCCCCUGUUCGUGUCCGGAUUCGAUUCCCCGACCGAAUCCGGCCGAAGUGGGUUGGAAUACGCUUGGAAUUCUUAUUUUCUUGAAGAUUUGUUUGCAGGAGAUGUUGAUAUCCCUUCCUUUCUUUGUAAUUCAGGUGCUUGUCCCGGAAGUGGAAAUGUUAUCAUAUAAUGCGGUGGUGGGUAAUGAUGCGAUAGACUUUCCAUAUUUGAAGGUUUCACGCCUGAAUACUUAAGGUUGGAUUGACUCCACUUGAAUUUGCUAUUCAUAGAAGAAGAUCCCCCCCCCCCCCCCCCCCACCCAAAAAAAAAAGAAAAAAAAAGCAUAGUUUGCUUGAUGGAGUUCUUUAGAGGUGGUUCUUUCAAACUUCAAAGCAUCUCUGUCUAUUGUUAAGGUGAAGUGGAAGAUUUAUUUAUUGUGGCCAGUGCUGUUAUCGAGCUUUAUACAGGACAAAUUUGAGCUUCUCAGAAAAAGGCAGCGGAAGCAUAAGGAAAGUGGCAUAUUGCUACUUUUCUAUGCCAUCUUUCAUGUCAUAUUGCUUGGUGGAUGUUGAUGGCUGUUCCUCCUUUGGAGCUAUUCAGUGAAGGUCAAACUGACAGACAUCCUUUGCUGAUGGAGCAACCAGCUAAUAUUAAUGAACAUGAGCACAUAAUUGAUAUAUCAAGGGGUGGUUCCGCUUCCACAUCACAAUCUCAUGAAUAUGACCAAAAUGACUUGGAUGAAGUGCAUUUUGAAGAUUGGCCUUCAACAAGCACACCAGCUCCGGUCUCCCAAACAUCUGGAGUGUCACCUACAGUACCUAGUUCAAGAAAUGCAUCUUCGACUAGGAGAAGUGAUAAUUAUGGUCGCCGUCAUAGAAGCCCUCUGAAUUCUGGUUUGUGGAUUUCGAUUGAGCUUGUUGUUAAUGUGAGCCAAAUUAUAGCAGCUAUUAUAGUUCUCUCCUUGUCAAGACAUGAGCAUCCAAAAGCUCCAUUGUUUGCAUGGAUCGUAGGUUAUACAGCAGGCUGUGUUGCUACUCUUCCUCAUCUUUAUUGGCGCUACAUUCAUCGCAACAGUCAGGGCUCUGAGCAAGUUUCUGCUCAUUCACUUCAGAGUUCUUCUCGGGACAUCCGUCCUGAAUCUAAUCCUUAUACAUCCAUUUCUGUUACUCAACCCUCAGAAGGUGAAAACAACCAUAGCAAUGCUCCUGUCUCACACCUAGGGCAAAGUAUUCUAACUGCGAGCCCAAGGAUAAAUGCUUUAGUUGACCGUUUCAAAAUGGGCUUAGAUUGCUUCUUUGCUGUGUGGUUUGUUGUUGGAAAUGUGUGGAUAUUUGGUGGGCGCUCAUCUUCUCAUGAUGCUCCUAACCUAUACGGGUUAUGUAUUGUUUUCCUUACAUUCAGCUGUAUUGGGUAUGCUAUGCCAUUCAUUCUUUGCGCAAUGAUAUGCUGCUGCUUGCCUUGCAUUAUAUCUAUCAUGGGCUUUAGAGAGGACAUGAGCUACGGCAGAGGUGCUACCUCAGAAUUAAUUAAUGCAUUACCAACCUACAAGUUCAAAUUAAAGCGACCUCAAAAUGGAGACGAGAACGAAAUUAACUCAGAAAAUCAAGUCAAUGGCGGGAUCCUGGCUGCUGGUACUGACAAGGAGCGCACAAUUUCUGCGGAGGAUGCUGUUUGUUGCAUCUGCCUGGCAAAUUAUGUAAAUAAUGAUGAGCUCCGUGAGCUUCCAUGUACCCACUAUUUCCACAUGGAAUGUGUGGAUAAAUGGCUAAAGAUAAACGCACUGUGCCCCCUAUGCAAGUCUGAAGUAGGGAGCUCCACAGGCUCUUCAGGCAUGGACACUGGAUAUCAUCACGGUGACCAGAGGGUGGGGAAUAGUGCAGAGCCACAACAGGAAAUGCAGUAGAUGAUUCUGUUUUGUGAUUUCCAACUGACUGUAUUGAAGUGAAAAUUCUUCUCUGCAAGCCUGCAUGAAAUACCGAUGUAUGUGGGUAUAUGGUGAAUGGAUCCUGGUGAUAGCCACAACAUUUAUCAACCAUUGCUUUGAGAGUACUGGUUGUAGCUUUUACAUCUAUAGAUGUCAGCCAAUGUUUUCCACGGAUCGUGAGAUAGAAUGAAUGUUGAAUCUCGUCUCCAUUCAUACAAGGUUGUUUUAUGACCUACAUUCCAAAGACCCCUUUGGUAAGGUUGACUGACAUUUUCAUUUUGAAAUCACUAGGUAUGGUUGGUUGUCGGGUUAAUCCAUUUGAAGACAGCUAUUGUUUCCUAAGCAUCAAGAAAGGGUUCAGAAAUAAUGAUGGUGAACCAGAAAUGCACGACAAAUUGGUUGAUUGUAAAUCAGUAUCACUAAGUGUCUAUAUAGGGCAACAUGUGAUGCUUCUAUUGUAAUUCAAAGAGCAGAUGUCAGCAAGACAUAGGACAAUCAGCAUAAUUUAUUCCCUAGCUUGUUACUGGAGAUGCUGGUGACAUUGUGCUUCAACAUUUCCAUCAUGGAAUCAGAGAGAUGGUACGGGUGUGAUUUGUGUGCAGCACUUUCGAUUAUAUGGCCAUUAUGUUUGCUGAAGCUGUUAGAGAUUUGCAUUACUUGAAGAAUAUGUUAUUGGAGCAACGGGAAGCCUUCCUCCAAUUCUCAGAUUGCUUUAUUAUUUACUGGAAACAAAGUGCACCUCAGUUUUCUUUUCUUUUCUGUUUUCGAGUUUGGAAUGGACAAUGACUUCCCGUUAAGGGCAAUGAUGUUGUUGUACGUGUUAAAAGCUUGACAAUCAAAAUGACAGGAAAAACUAUAAGAUAUAAUGAACAAUGUGAAAUUUGAUUGCAUCGA